AUGUCGAAAAUGUUGGCUGCUGGCAGCCUCAGGAAAGCUUGCCCCAGCUGCAGGGCCCGACUGACACCCUGGACUGGACACACUGUCGCGACGACAACUUUCUCAAACAGGGGAGUGUGCUUGGCGCCGCAACGAAUCCUCCCAUCACGGACGACGAUAUCUGCUUCGGCAUUUCGAUCGUUUGCCACAACCUACCGAACCCUCGACAACCAACAGCCAUCGCUUGCAUCCGAACAACCAGCCGACAAACACGCUUCGCCUGAAAACGCCGGACACGAGGGCCCUGCCGACAUUGAGCAGAUCGUGCAGGAGGCCAAGCAACGGUUCAGGGACACCCUGCCCAAAGGCUACCUCAACGAGGAGGAAUACAACCACUACGUGCGACUCUUCGGCCCGCCCCUGCGCGAGACGACACCUGAAGAUGUCGGUAUUCCGUACGGCAAGUUCGCCGCCAAGCCCAAGCCCAGGCAGGACCAAGACAGCCCCGUCCUGCUGCGCCAGGCGGCAGAUGGCGAUCUCGAAGAAGUGGACUACUCGACCGAACGCCAGUCUGCCGAGGAGGCUGCUCUUCUCGAUAGCGAGGUAGAGCACGAGCACGAGCAUGAACUCACGGAUGACCAGCACGACUACAUCAAUGCAACCGCGAGGAACCAGCGCGAAUACGAUGCGCUCGUCAUGCUGCAGAAGGACUUUGAAGCGGCAAGAUUGAGGUCACAGAAAGAGGAGGAAGCAUCACAGGCAGAGUUUGAGCGGCGCACGGCCGCAGAGGCGGGAAGAGACGAACACGCAGAGGCUCUCGAACAACUGCGGCAAGAGGAUAGGAGGCUGCGCGACGAACGGACGGAGGAGUCGAGGGCGGCGCUCGCCGAGAUGCAGGCUGCUUCCCGAGCGGCCGAGGCCCAGGCGCGUGAGGAGGCCGGCGACUGGGAUGAUGGCGAGUUUGUCGGCAUGCGAACCCACCCGUACACCCAAGAAGGCCGGUUCGCCACGAGCCCCAAGACGCUGCCGUUGCCGACUGCUGCAUUCAACGACCCGAUUACGCAACUUCUCGACAGGACACACGUCAAACAUAUCAGGUUGGCUGCCGAGGCGGCGCUGGGAGGUGGAGGUCUGCCCAACUCGCCGGCGACCCCGGCGUCCAAGAGGUCUGUCCCGCAGCUAGGCGUCGGUCUGCAGGCAGCGCAGCCCAAAAUGUCGCAGAUUGACGCCGACGCUUUCAUCGCCACGGUCUUGCCACCGUCUUACGCCUCGGCCAUGAGCACCCUGACCGAAGUCCGCAAGCGCCUCGGCACUGAGUGGAUCCGCAAGCUGCUGAAGCAGGAGGGCGGACCCCGAAUCCUCGACGCCGGCUCGGGCGGCGCGAGUCUCGCAGCGUGGCAAGAUGUGGCGCAAGCCGAAUGGGAUGUCAUGCGCGAGAGCAAGGAGGUCAGGGGCUGGGUGCCACCGGGCAAGAAGACGGUCAUUGUGGGCUCCGACACGCUGCGGCAUCGUGUCUCGACGUUCCUCGACGACACGACGUUCCUGCCGAGGCUCCCCGACUAUGUGCACUCGCACGACAAUGUGCACAAGCACAUUGACGCGCCGCAGGUGCCGCAGCAGAGGAAGGUGUACGACGUCAUCGUGGCGUCGUACGUGCUCCUCGGCGUCAAGGAGGGACACCGUCGCACGGCCGUGCUGAACCAGCUCUGGUCGCUGCUGUCGCCCGAAGGCGGCGUGCUCAUAUUCAUCGAAAAGGCGCACCCGCGCGGCUUCGAGGCCGUCGCCGACGUACGCGACCGGCUCAUCAACGAGUACCUGCAGACGCCGGUCGACUCGGCGGAGGAGCCGACCAUCACGGACGCGCAGGACGCCGGGUACCGGGCGCCCAAGGAGCCGGGCAUGAUCGUGGCGCCGUGCACGAACCACAAGACGUGCCCGAUGUACGCGGUCAAGGGGCAGAGCACCGGGCGCAAGGAUUUCUGCUCGUUCCAGCAGCGCUUCACGCGGCCGCGGUUUCUGCAGCAGAUCCUCGAGGCCAAGCACCGCAACGACGACGACGUGCAGUUCAGCUACGUGGCGAUCCAGCGCGGCGGCGCGCCGGCGGCGAACCUCCUCGUCGGCCGCGAGGCGACGGAGCGGGCGUUUGCCGGGUACGAGGAGGCGACGCGCGCGCCCAACAUGCUGUCGCUGCCGCGGCAGAUCCUGCCGCCGCUGAAGCGCAAGGGCCACGUGCAGCUCGAGGUGUGCACGCCGUCGGGGCGCAUCGAGCGGUGGACGGUGCCGCGGAGCCGGGGCAAGCAGGCGUACCACGACGCGCGCAAGGCGGCGUGGGGCGACCUGUGGGCGCUCGGCGCCAAGGUGCGGGCCGAGCGGGCGGUGCGGCUGGGACGGCCGGCGGCGGCGGACGACGGCGGCGUGCGGGCGCAGAAGGCGCGGGCCAAAGCGUCGAACAAGGUCGACAAGAUCAACAUGGAGUACGACGAGACGGGCGUCACGGGCAUCAAGGAGGGGGGCCGGUCGAGGCCCGAGAGGCGCACCAAGGGGGGCCGGCUGCCGCCGCGCAAGACGGCGAUGCAGGCGCUGCUCGGCGAGGACUGA